AUGUCUCGGAGGAAGAUUUCGUCCGAGUCCUUCAGCUCCCUGGGCUCCGACUACCUGGAGACCAGCCCCGAGGAGGAGGGCGAGUGCCCGCUGUCCAGGCUCUGCUGGAACGGCAGCCGGAGCCCGCCCGGCCAGCCCGAGGCCAGCGCGGCCGCCGCCGCCGCCGCCGCCGCCGCCGCCGCCGGGGCCCGGAGGGCGCAGCGCCGCCGGCGGGUCAACCUGGACUCGCUGGGCGAGAGCAUCGGCCGCCUGACGGCGCCCUCGCCUCAGACGAUUCAGCAGACUCUCAAGAGGACAUUGCAGUAUUAUGAGCACCAAGUUAUUGGUUACAGGGAUGCAGAAAAGAAUUUCCACAAUAUCUCUAACAGAUGCUCCUAUGCGGACCAUUCCAGCAAAGAGGAAAUCGAGGACAUCUCGGGAAUUCUUCAGUGCACUGCUAACAUACUCGGAUUGAAGUUCGAGGAGAUUCAAGAAAGAUUCGGUGAGGAGUUCUUUAACAUAUGCUUUGAUGAGAACGAGAGAGUCCUUCGAGCUGUCGGUGGCACGCUGCAGGACUUCUUUAAUGGCUUCGAUGCUUUGUUGGAACACAUUAGGACUUCUUUUGGAAAACAGGCCACCCUGGAGUCACCAUCAUUCCUGUGCAAAGAGCUCCCUGAAGGCACUCUCAUGCUCCACUACUUCCACCCUCACCAGACUGUGGGCUUUGCCAUGCUGGGGAUGAUUAAGGCCGUGGGAAAGAAGAUCUAUCAGCUGGACGUGGAAGUGGAACAGGUUGCGAACGAGUUAUGCUCUGAUGGCUCCAACCCAGGCAACUGUAGCUGUCUCACUUUUCUUAUCAAAGAACGUGAAAGUGCUAGUAUCUCGAAGAACCUCCCCCAGGGGACCUCGCAGGUUCCCGAGGACCUCAGAAUUAGCAUCAACACCUUCUGCAGAGCCUUUCCUUUCCACUUGAUGUUUGACCCCCAAAUGGCCGUCCUUCAGCUGGGGGAAGGCCUGAGGAAGCAGCUUCGAUGCGACACUCACAAAGUGCUCAAGUUUGAGGACUGCUUCGAGAUCGUUUCUCCGAAGGUUACCGCCACCUUCGAGAGGGUCCUGCUGCGACUGUCCACCCCAUUUGUGAUCAGGACCAAGCCCGAAGCUUCUGGCACGGACAAUAAAGACAAGGUGAUGGAAGUCAAAGGACAAAUGAUUCACGUCCCAGAAUCAAAUUCCAUUUUAUUUUUGGGCUCUCCAUGUGUGGACAAGCUGGAUGAACUUAUGGGCCGGGGACUGCAUCUCUCAGAUAUCCCCAUCCAUGAUGCCACCCGAGAUGUCAUUUUGGUUGGUGAGCAGGCUAAGGCCCAAGAUGGCUUGAAGAAGAGGAUGGAUAAGUUAAAGGCGACUUUGGAAAGAACUCACCAGGCCCUGGAAGAGGAGAAAAAGAAAACAGUGGAUCUUCUAUACUCUAUUUUUCCCGGUGAUGUAGCCCAGCAACUGUGGCAAGGGCAGCAAGUGCAGGCCAGAAAGUUUGAUGACGUCACCAUGCUCUUUUCGGACAUUGUUGGCUUCACGGCCGUCUGCGCUCAGUGCACCCCCAUGCAAGUGAUCAGCAUGCUGAACGAGCUCUACACCAGAUUCGAUCACCAGUGUGGAUUCUUGGAUAUUUAUAAGGUGGAAACCAUAGGUGACGCCUACUGUGUCGCCGCAGGCCUGCACAGAAAAAGCCUCUGCCACGCCAAGCCCAUCGCGCUCAUGGCCCUGAAGAUGAUGGAGCUUUCGGAGGAGGUGCUGACCCCCGAUGGGCGGCCCAUUCAGAUGAGGAUAGGCAUUCAUUCAGGCUCUGUGCUGGCUGGAGUUGUUGGGGUGAGAAUGCCACGAUAUUGCCUGUUUGGAAAUAACGUCACUCUGGCAAGCAAAUUCGAAUCGGGAAGUCACCCUCGGCGCAUCAAUGUCAGCCCCACCACUUACCAAUUAUUAAAACGGGAAGAAAGUUUCACAUUCAUUCCUCGGUCCCGGGAAGAUCUCCCCGACAACUUUCCAAAGGAAAUUCCCGGGAUCUGCUAUUUCCUGGAGGUAAGGACUGGUCCCAAGCCGCCAAAGCCUUCUCUCUCCUCGUCGAGGAUCAAAAAGGUUUCCUACAACAUCGGCACCAUGUUCCUCCGGGAGACCAGCCUCUGA